UUCCGGGUGCGGGGCGGAGGGGCAAUGGCGCGCGUCUCGUUGGAGGACCUGGACGGGCUGGGGGAGGAGGACGCGGCUGGCGGCGGCGAGGAAGAGGAGGGGGAGGAGGGGGAAGAAGAAGAUGAGCAAGAGCGGAGUCGGUUGUUCGCCCACUGGGAGGCCAUAGCCAGAACGCACCGAGUGAGCCUGCCCCGCGACAUGGCAGGCCCGAUCGUCCAGAUGAGCCGGCACAGCCAGGCCCGCCAGCCCGUGCCGUACGAUGCCCUCUCGCAGCAGGAGAAGUGCGAGGAAGCAGCCUACGAGGAGCGGCAAUACCCAGCUGGGAAGUGGGCGUGUGUCACCAAGGGGGAACCCAUGUAUGAGCAGAGCAUCUCCAUGAGCUUCAUGAAGCUCAUGCGCUACAUCUGCAAGGAGAACUCUGUAGGUUGCUAUCUGGGCAUGACAGUCCCAGUGCUCAACGAAAUCCACCUGACCAGGGAGGGGACCAGGCUAGAGCGUGAGGUCGUAACUGCCUAUUAUCUCCCAGAAGAGUUCCAGCAAAACCCCCCUGUUCCCCUGGACCCUGAAAUUCACAUCACCGAGAGGGCACCACUUCGGGUUAUAACCAGGGUUUUCUAUGGGAUGACCACCGAGGAGACAAUUCUGCGAGAGAUCAGUCUCUUCUGGGAGCUUUUGGGCUCCACAGACACUGUGCUCCGGGAAACCUACAUCGUGGCUGCUUAUGAAAAUCCCAGCGUCCCUCAGCGCCGCAAUGAGAUCUGGUUCAUCUGCCAACCACAGUGAGUCCCCUCUGUGACUGCAAAACCAUCCUGCAACUGGACUUGGUGUAGAUGGCAGUUCUGACCCAAAGGAGACAAAUGCACAUACUGACCCACCAUUCACCCACAAAAUGACAGACCAGGAGACUGCAGGGUGGGGUUGUGCUCUGCCCUGCGAGCACCCAGUCAGGGGAAAACCUGACCAGUCUGCACUUCACCUGCCCCCACAGGGGCCAGCUGAGGCUGGAGCUGACACUGGGGAGAGCCUGUGCAGCAGGCUUCUGGUGGGAAGCAUGUGGUGGAGGAUCAUGUAAAGCAGUAACUGUAUGGGCUUGUGCCAUGUGCUAGCCUGACCUGGGCUUCUCUGAGCUCUGAGCUGUGCCAGGCGUGCUAACCGGGCUCAUGGUUGGCAGAGUCACAAGCUGGUGGUGUCCAGAAGUCAAAUGACUGUGUACAAGGCGUGUGGGUCUGUCUGGGCUCUGGCCUGCUUCCUACGAGAAUGGCUGCCUGUCCUGAACAGGGACAGCACUGAAAUGCUGCUACAGGGAUGGUGGAGUUCGGUGGGGGAAAGGGCUUGUCACAGGUGACAUGUGGAUCCUGAAUGUUUCCUCCUGGGGUGGCUCUCUUUGGACUGUUGGGUCCUGUUGGGCGCUGGCUGUCACUCACCAUCCCUCAGCUGGGACCGGGGUGCUGGCAGCCUUUGUCCAUCAGUUGUGGGGGCUGUUUGCAGACCUGCUGCGAGUUGAGAGGGACAGGUCCUGAUCACAGCAGCAGUGACACCACUGUGCAUUGUGCUGUGCAUUGAUCAGUGAGUUUCACAUCCAUGAGUACCGUCAUGCUUUCCUGGGAGAAGCUGGCAGUGCCAACAGUAAAUAAACUCAAACUGCUGCAACUGCAGGUCACUGAUGAUGAGGGGUGCCCGGGCUGGCUUGGGCAGAGCCUUGAUGUCUGCCUCCUCAAGAUGCAUCAGGCUGUGAAGCUGUGGCUAACUAGAAGGGCUCUGACAUCUGGUCAGGUUAUGGCCUUAUGUUCAGCCAGGCGGAGCCUUGCAUUGCUGCAUAGGCUGCUUAUAUUGCUGUUACAAACAACUGUAGUCAUGCUCCCCUGCAGGUAAGGCGGAUUUUUGUUGGAUGGGGUCUGCUUUAGCCUCAUUUUUCCCCUGGGCAAAAAGUUGGCUCCUUUGACUGUGCUGCACAUGAGCACCUGAUCUUGGGGACUGAGAAUGUGAAUGUGACUGCGUGGUGUGCUGGUAGGCUAUGGGAACUGGCGUACUUUUGCAGGGAUGUGCUUAACUGGCUCGGUGUGGAGGGGCUUCUGACUGCUUCUGAGCCAGUUCCCAAGGAGUUUCCUCCUGCUGUAACUGGAGGUGGGCUGUGUGCUUCACCUCCCACUGCUGCUGCUCCAGAUGCUGGCCCUUUGGCCCUACAGUGCAGCCAGAGGAGGGGAAGCGGGGAAGGCCAGGGCCAGCUUUGAGGUCUCGUUGCCCUAGUAGUGCAGGUGGCUUCACUACCCUGUCCUGGCUGGCAUGGCAUCUGGCAGUGAGGAGCCUGGCUGCCCAGCCUGUGGCUGUGAAGGGAGCAGGGCCAGCUAUCUUACACCCUCUUCGAGGGAGCAAGGUAGCUUCAGGCAGAGUCUGGGCAAGCACAGCAGGAGCAGACAGUGGUUUCCUGGGUAUCUUGUGGUGCAGUUCUUGUCCCUAGGGCACUAAAGGCUGUAAGUAAGGGCUAGGAAGAUGCUGUGACAGCCUGCAGCUCUGAGGGUUGAUGUGGCAAGUGCUCCUCAGAUAAGAGUGGUGAUACCCGGAUCAGCAGUGCUGUGCUUACUUCCCUCCUGGGGAAGGAGAAGCAAUUCCCUUAUGUGAGGCUAGGAUCAGGUGGCUCAAUGGCAGUAGGAGAACAGUCAGCCAGUGUGGGUGGGACAGAGACCCUUCUUACUAUGCAUCAGCUACUUUGCUUGCUUGCCCUGAGCUUGCAGGUGGAAAUAAAACUUGCUUUCUAGAGCCUGUUGAA